AUGGCGGACGGAGAGCCGGAUAUCAGCGACCUCUCGCCGCAACAGCAAGAGGCGCUGCAGCAGUAUACCAUGAUUACAGAUCAAUCUGUUCAUGAUGCCAUUCCGCUGCUACAGAGAUCGCAAUGGAACGCCCAAAUAGCAAUCGCGAAGUUCUUUGAUGGCGAGCAGCCCGACCCUGUAGCCGAGGCCCUCGCAGCACAGGAGCGAAAUCAGCAAGCGGGAGGUCCCGGCCUCGGCGGCACCGCGCGAUUCGAGAACCUCCAAGAUAGUCUGGACGGCAUCGAGAUGGAUAUUGUCAGUAACAGAAGACAAAGAACUGAGGCCGCGCCCAGGGUCGUCCCCCAGCCCGCGAGAAUCUACAGGGUGCCCUUCCUCUGGUCCAUCAUUACGCUGCCUUUCAGCCUCACCUGGAGAAUCGCCACGACCCUAUUUCGACCGAUCGUGUACCUUCUCGGCCUGCUUCCGCGUAACAUGCGACCCAGAGUCAUCGGUGCUGCGGGCUACGGAAGACGACAGUUGAUGCCGCGUGAUGCUGCAGCGCGGUUCAAGCGCGAGUUUGAGGAGAACUACGGGUCCGGCGAGCUGCCGUGGUACGAUGGGGGCUCGGCGCAGGCCUACGACGCGGCGAAGCGGGAGCUCAAGUUCCUGCUCAUCGUUCUCCUGUCGCCCGAGCAUGACGACACGGACUCUUUUGUGCGGGACGUUCUCCUUUCGCCCGAAGUCCUAUCGUUUAUUAAGGACGAAAAGAACAACAUCAUACUGUGGGGAGGCAAUAUUGUCGACUCGGAGGCAUACCAAGUAUCGUUCGAGUACCGGUGCACCCGAUUUCCUUUCGCCUGUCUUGUGUGCUUGACUCCCAAGGAAGGCAGCACCCGUAUGGGCACCAUCAAGCGCAUCCAGGGUGCGGUCGCGCCGGAGCGCUUUCUCGAGGACAUUAGGUCUGCCAUAAACAAGCACAAUCCGGAUCUGGACGGCGUGCGGGCGGAGCGUGUCGCCCAGGAGGCCGCGCGCAACCUACGGGCGGACCAGGAUUCUGCAUACGAACGCUCCCUGGCCAAGGACAGAGAAAAGGCGCGCCUUCGGCGGGAAGCCGAGGCCGCCGCCGCGGCAGCCGAAAAGCAGGCGCUGGAGGAAGCCGAAGCAGCGGCCCGACUGGAGGAGAAGAGGCGGCAGUGGAAGGCGUGGCGGGCCACGACGCUUGCAGAGGAGCCCCCGGCGACGGACAAGGACGUCGUUCGGCUCGCGCUUAUGAUGCCAGAGCACACGGGUGCAGGGCGCAUCGUGAGGAGGUUUACCAAGGAGGCUACCAUGGACGAGCUUUACGCUUUUGUCGAGUGCUACGACGUCCCCAAGGGGAACGACGAGAAGCUCCCGCUGCAACCAGAUGGGUACGAACACGAGUACAAAUUCCGCAUAGUUUCGCCAAUGCCCAGGGAGGUCUACGAACCAAGCACAGCUGAGACCGUCGGGGAUAAGAUUGGCCGGUCAGGCAAUCUGAUUGUGGAGACGAUAGUCUCAGACUCCGAUGACGAGGACUAG